UGCAGUUCGAUUUUGCUUGUCGAAUUUAUCAGAACAGCUCUUCUCUGUGGUUGUCAGCGUUGGAUUCUGCUUCUAAAGAGAAAUUGUGGACUACUGGCAAGGCUGGCGAGAACUGCGUUUAGAUGAGGCAUGCAACAAAUACCGUGCCUGCGGGUCACGUGCCACGCGUAUUGAUGGCUCAGGCCCCAUGGCCAGAAGUUCAGAACGCGUCGUCACUGCUAGUACUGACUUGUCGCACUUGCAACGAUAGGUCCUCGUCAUUCAUCCUUUCAACAGCGCCGCGGCAUGCACUCCAUUCGAGAAAAAGAAAAAGAUCCAGAAGUACGACGAGAAGCGCAAGGUUCGCAUGGACAAGAAUGCCAUGGCAUCGCCGAACAGCCUCCUCUGGCUAGAUGGCUGCCUGAGCUGCUCUGGCACUACACGUUCACGGGUCCAACAUCUGGCUUCCGAGAAGCGCCCGGCAUGCCAGAACCCACCAAGGGCAGUCGCAUGCUCUACAUUUUCGUAUCCCGCAAGCUCAAGCCCAUUACGGAGCUACACGGCGAAGAGCUCUUUGACGUCUGGCGUCAGUGUAUCUCGUGCCAUCUUACUUUGUGGAAGGAAGGAGUAUAUCACCGAGAUGUGAGCCCUACAAACAUGAUGUGGUACUGGAAAGACGGGAAGCGGAUAGGCGUUUCAAACGACUACGAUUUCUCCUCGUUGGCGGAUGACCUAGGUCCUCGGGGCAACGAACGCACGGGCACCGUGCCUUUUAUGGCAAUCGACCUUCUCCCCGAAAAGGGUCAAAGUGGCGAAGUCAAACAUAUGUAUCGCCACGAUCUAGAAUCAUUUGUGUGGGUUUUCAUCUGGGUUUGCUUGCGUUACAGGGAGGGAGUCCUGUUGCCAACGGGAUUGCGCCCUUUGGAUAAAUGGGCGACUCUGGACGCUGUGGCAUGUGGCAUGGACAAGCACUAUUUCCUAACCUACCCGCAAAAUUACUACCCCUUGGACAUUGAUGACGAUAUGGGGGAUUUCCUUUUUGAUUGUAUCGAUGUGCUUCGACACCAUGGCAAUCGUCGAGCUGUUCGCCGCAUCAAGCUAUUAAAGCGAAGGGCAAUGAAGCAGUCCAAUGACGAGGAGCCGGAGGAUAUCGAUGAUUCUCUAGAUAUAUUUACAAUCAUGCCGAGCUGGGCCAAUCUCAUUAAGCUUGGCAACCCUUCACAAUAAUUUCUGUACUCCUACAUACAGUUUUCUGCGUAUCGACACUUGUAGCUUUUAGUUGUUUAUAGCAUCAACGAUUUGGGGACCAGGUGAUCUAGGACCAACAGAGGGAAUAUCACCUAUGAAUACAGGCCACUGCUAACUAGUUGCCAGCGGUGGCAGCGAUCUCAAACUCCC